AUGGAGGAUCAUAAGCCGACGAGUUUCUCGUUUGAGAUAGAUAACUUCUUACAGAAGGAGGCUGCGAUUUCAUCCCCAACAUUCUCAAGUGGAGGCUGCCAAUGGUAUGCAAUGGUUUAUCCCAAAGGAAAUGGAAUUGAAGAUCACUUGGCUCUAUACCUCUAUGUUGCGAAUUCUGGAUCAUUUCAACUUGGAUGGAAAAGGCGAGCUAAAUAUUCAUUUGUUCUUUUGAAUCAGUCCGGCAAAGAAAUCCACAAAACAGCUGAAAUGGGCCGCCAAGUGUUCUGCGCUCAGGUCCCAGGAUGGGGUAAUCCAAAGGUCUUGACUCUUAAAAACCUUCAAGAAAAAGGGUUUCUGGAGACGAACUCCAAACUGAUAGUUAAAGUCCAAGUGCAAGUACUUGAAGUUUUUAAUGAGGCAGAAGUAACUGGGAACGAGACUAUGGAUGUCAAAGGUUUCCAAGUUCUUUAUUCUCAGGCUAUUAAAGUAAGUUGGAUUUUCCUGAAGCACCCGGGCAUUGCUUUGAAUUUCAAACCAAAGAGCCAAUUGGUGAAGACAACAUACAUGAAUCUCCUCCUCAAGCUCAUCGAGAAACUGGACAAACCUCCACAUAGCUUCUCCGAGACUGAGCUAAGCAACACUUGCACCGAGUUGGCCGAUCUAACAGAGACAGGGUUCAAGCUAGACUGGUUGAAGGAAAAGCUUGAUGAGAUUUCCUUGGAAAGGAAGAAAAUUGAUGAUGCGUCCCGUAUCCAAGAACUUGAACAACAGAACAAGAAUCUCAAAGCUGAACUGAACGAGGAGAAGUUUAAAUCUGCUACUUUUGCUGCUAAAGUUUUAUGGUUGGAGCAUACGGAUCAUAAGCCGACGAGUUUCAUGUUUGAGAUAGAUAACUUCUUAGAGAAGGAAGAUGAGAUUUCAUCGCCAACAUUCUCAAGUGGAGGCUGCCAAUGGUAUGCAAGUGUUUAUCCCAAAGGAAAUGGUAUUGACGACCACUUGGCUCUAUACCUCCGUGUUUCGAAUCUUGGAUCAUUGCAACUUGGAUGGGAAAGGCGAGCUAAAUUUUCUUUUGCUCUGUUGAAUCAAUCCGGCAAAGAAUUCUACAAAACAACUGAAGUGUGCCAAGUGUUCUGCGCUCAGGUUCAAGGAUGUGGUUAUCCAAAGGCCUUGAUUCUUAAAAAGCUUCAAGAAAAAGGGUUUCUGGAGACGAACUCCAAACUGAUAGUUAAAGUACAAGUACUUGAAGUUGUUAAUGAGGCUGAAGUGACUGGGAACGAGACUAUGGAUGUCAAAGGUUUCCAAGUUCUUUAUUCCCAGGCUAUUCAAGUAAGUAUGAUUUUCGUGAGGCACCCGGACACUGCUUUGAAUUUCAAACCAAAGAGCCAAUUGGUGAAGACAACAUACAUGAAUCUCCUCCUCAAGCUCAUCGAGAAACUGGACAAGCCUCCACAUAGCUUCACCGAGUGUGAGCUAAGCAACAUUCGCACCGAGUUGGUUGAUCUAACAGAGACAGGGUUCAAGCUAGACUGGCUGGAGGAAAAGCUUGAUGAGAUUUCUUUGGAGAAGUUCAAAGCUGAACUGAACAAGGAGAAGAUCAAAUCUGCUACUUCUGCUGCUAAGGUUUUGUUGUUGGAGCAGAAGGUGUCAACUCUCAACAGAAAGCUGAACAAGAAGCCGAAAUUAAGCCCUAACUAA